UGGCGGACGCAGGAACCAUCCCCCAUGUGCUGCUCUUCCCUUUCCCAGCACAGGGCCACAUAAAUGGCAUGUUCAACCUAGGUGAGCUCCUCUCCCUUGCAGGCCUCUAUGUUACAUUCCUCAACUCAGACCAAAUCGACCGGAGGCUUCGUCGUUGCACCGACUUGCAUGCGCGCCUAGGCUCCCGCAAGAACAUCCGGUUCCGCACCAUUUCCGACGGUCAGCCCGCCGAUCAUCUGCGAUCAGUAGGCCAGAUACUGGAGUUGCAUGCUUCAUUGAAGGAGAAGACCAAACAAUUGAUCAGGGAGAUGCAGGCUGGCCAAGUGGAAGGGGACAACGAGAAUUGGCCGAGAAUUUCUUGCUUGAUUGCUGACGGGAUUAUGUCGUUUGCCAUCGAUGUCGCCGGAGAGUUCGGCAUCCCCAGCUUGUUGUUCCGAACAUCCGGCGCAGCGUGCUUCUGGGUUUGCUUAUGUGUACCCAAGUUGGUAGAAGCUGGGGAGCUUCCCUUUGGAGAAGCAACAGACCUAGAUCAUGCCAUCAACUGCAUUCCCGGGAUGGAGGGUCAGCUCCGGCCGAGAGACCUCCCUAGCUUUUGCCAGGUCAAAGAUCUCAACAGCCACAGGCUCAACUUCUUCCUCUCCGAGUUUGAGCGAUCGUCUCGGGCCUCUGGACUCAUCUUCAACAGCUUCUACGACCUCGAGCACACGGUGCUCAACCAGGUGUCGACUCGGUUUGCCAAUGUCUAUGCGGUUGGCCCACUGCAUUCUUUAGUAAGAUCCCAAAAUCUUGACCAUUCGGUCACCUCCGGGACGAGCAGCCUAAGGAAGGAGGACCUGAGCUGCAUCGACUGGUUAGGAAGGUGGGGCAGGGGUUGUGUCCUCUAUGUGAGCUUCGGCAGCCACACUCAGAUCAAUGGCGACGAGCUGCUCGAGUUCUUUCAUGGCCUGGUCAAUGCCGGUUUUCCAUUUUUAUGGGUCAUACGGACGGACCUAGUCACCGGCGAACUGGGUUCGGUCCCAAAGGAAUUGCUCGAAGCACUUCAAACGAGGGGGUGCGUAGUUGAGUGGGCCCCACAGGAGGAGGUGCUGGCCCACCCAUCAGUAGGUGGCUUCUUUACUCACAAUGGCUGGAACUCAACUAUGGAGAGCAUCUGCUCAGGAGUGCCGAUGCUUUGUUGGCCUUCCUUUGCUGACCAGCCCCUCAACUGCAGGUUUGUGAGCCAUGUCUGGAAAAUAGGCCUGGAUAUGCAGAGAAUGUGCUCGAGAACUAUGAUCGAGAGGUUGGUGAGGGAGUUGAUGGCGGAGAAGAGGGAGGAGUUGUGGGAGUCUGCGACGAGGAUGAAGGAGAGAGCAUGGAAGAGCAUUCAAGAUGGAGGCUCCUCAAUCAAUGAUUUCCACAAACUAGUCGAUGACAUAAGAUCUAUGACGGCACCCAAGAAGAUCGAGUUAAGUCCCUUUGAUAAUACAGAUUGAUAUAUAGAUUAGAUUUAGUUUUAUAUAAACAAUCUACACUCGAUAUCCUUAUAUUUUUUAAGUCAGUUCUUAACAUAUUU